AUGGCCUUUGUCCAGCCCGGCUGCCCGUCUAGGUUCGCCUACCAGAAUGAGCAUCGUGUCAAAGGGCUCAACGCAGAAACCCUAGCGAGGGUCUUCCUUCCAACGCCCUCAUGGCUGUCGACUCCAGACUUCGAGUCGGAGGAUGACAACAUUACAGAAUACACCAUCCCGGCUCUCAUCGUCCGCGACCACAGCUACCAGCCUCAUCCUCGCACCCUCGGCUCGGCGGAUGCCUUCCCAGCGAUACAACCCAUUGUCUCCUUCACGGGACCUGUCAUCGGUUCCGGCCGCGACCUUCUGCAUGGAAACUCGGCUGCGGCCCUUGACGACACCCAGCUGAGCUGUUGCGGCUUUGUCCAGCUCUCGACCUUUAUCUGUCCUGGGAUUCCGGGCAAACACCCUUCAAGGGCUUUCAUCCCUUUCAACUUUUCGUCAUCUUCCCAUUCACGCCAAUCCUUGGACCUCCUAUGCAAGAAGAUGACCGAGAGGCGCGAUAGCCAGUUCCAGCCGAACGCUCUCCUCACCUGCACGGGCAAAAUCGCCGGCUUACUCGAUCACCAGAUCAUGACACAUGCCCCGGCCUUCGAGCAAGACUAUAUCUUCAUCGUCGUCCCCGAUACAUGGACUUUCCUUGACAGGGCCAUGUCCAACCAGGCUUCUGCGACACAGCUACUGCCGACGACACCCAGGGCUCAGUCGGCAACCCUCGGACUAUAG